AUGGGUUGCCAUAAUACAAAAUCUAUCAAAACAAGACCUGAUUUUUACUAUCAAACCAGUUAUUUAAAUAAAUAAUAUUUUGAACUCAUAAAAAAAUUAAAGCUCAACAGGGAAAGAAUUUAUGAAACAAUUGAAAAAGGAUAUUUACUCUAAAAUUUGGACAUUUCAAUUUUCCAAGAUGAAUAAAUUAUAAGAGAUACAAUUAGUUAGCUUUAACAAAGCAAGGAAGCUAACGAUUUUUACAUUAUAUAAACUGAAUUUGAUAUUUAUGAAAAGACCUAAAAAUAAAUACAACAUGAUUUAGCUGAAACUGUUGAACAGCAUAAAUUAUUGCUAAAAAAAAUAGAUGUUAAAUAACCCUUGAACAUCGAAAAAAUGCUUUAAAAUAUGUAAAUUAAUCGUGAUAAGCUUCUUAGCUAUUACCGUAUCAUUUAUAGUCCUCAAAAUCUUGAUGAAAAAGCUUCUUCUUAUUAAAAUCUACCUUCUUACAGAGCCUAUUCUACAAGAGACGAGGUGUGA